UUCAAAACUGAUAAUAAAACAAAAACGUUUAUGCAAUGUUCAGUGGCAAUUAUGAAUGCAUAACAUAAAACAAUGUAAAAAUCAAUUCAGAAGUUGUUAACAAAUAAUUUGCACUUAUACAGAUUUAAAUGCAUGACGGUGUGUGUACAAGACUUAAUAGUUUAUGUUAUAGAAUAAACUUAGAGUUACAAUUGUCCGUUCAUUUCGUAAUGUACACUUUUGAUUUUUAUAAACAAAUCUUUAACAAAUUCCAGGUAUAGAAAAGUUGAUUUGAAUAAUUCCAGGAAAAAGUUAACAUGUCAUCGGGACGAUUGGAAUUUGAUAUAUUUACCUUUUAAAAUCUGCAUAUUUAUAGCAUAUGAAUGAAUGACAAAAUAUUGUCAAUCUAUAAUAAUAUUAGGUGAGGCACGUUUUUUAGAAUUUUAAAGUGUGUUAUUUAUUUAAUUUCUGUAAUGCCUGAUAAAUUCGAUGAACUGCUUAUUUCUAUGGCUGUAUAGAACAAAGGGAUUUUCUUAGAACCAAUGCAUCAUGCGAUACUUAUAAAUAGGUUUGGAAUUACGGAAGCCAUCUCAAACAAUCAUGGACGACUAUUCAAUAAAGGUAUUAUCAUGGCUUGGGAUAUCGAUGGUUACUACGUACCGAAUUUUGUGGGUCAAAUUAUAUACAUCAAUUAGAGAAGAAGAGGAUAAACGGAAUGAAAACAUUAAAAUAUUAACCAAAUUAAUAACAAACGACACGAAGGAAUUAUUACAAUGGAUGAAAGAAGACCAACUAAUUAACACAUGUAAAAAAGAAGAAACAAUUUCAUUUCCUGAAUCUGUAAAGUUUCAAACGUUAUCAAUAAAAACAAACUCAUCAUUGUUCACGUGCCGAAUUAUAGUUUUACAAAAUCCAAUGACCGAUAAGGACACGUUUAUGAAAUGGGUAAGAACAAGAGAAAACAUGUUAACAGUUUGUACCGAAGAUGAAAAGGAGACAUUAACUGAAUUAAUAAGUGUCAAUCAUCAAAAGAUCUCGAAAUUGAUCCUAAAAGACACAACAAAGUUUAUCGACAUAAUAAAAGGACUCAAGGACACGCUAGACGAAAAAACUAAACAUGAUAUCAAAACGUUAAUUGAAACGAAAUGGCUAUCACCUAGUAAUACGUACAGAUAUUAUGAUCUUAUCGUUUUAUCAAAAACAAGCAAUAAGGAAACGAUGACUGAUUUAGGAGAAAGGGCCCUAUGUGAACCAGGAUGUCCAUCAGCCUUAAAUAUAACUUUAACAAAAGUUGAAUUAAAAUGGGAAGAACCAAUUAUAGGAACUGAUUUUAUACACUUUUAUCAGAUAUUCUGUGAGGAACAGAGCAGCAGUAGGCGAUGGUUUUUUGAAACUCCUAGAAAUGAUUGUAAUUUUGUUGUAGAGGAAUUGAAGCCUAACACUAAAUAUGCAUUUAAAAUCCAAGCAGUCAAGAACGGUCAAAACAAAGGACCGAUCAGUAAAACCUUGACAGUAUCAACAUUGGAAAUAUCUUGUGAUAGAAUGGCCGAGUUUUCAUAUAUUUUAUUUUACAUUGCAGUGUUAAUAUGGUUCACGUACUUAUUGUGUUAUUCUCUGACAGCAACAUAAAAUAUGUGUGCCACUAUUUGUAAAUAUUUCAUUAUUUACAAGAACAAAAAACAGGUUAAAGAUGGAAGAGUUAUUAAAUAAUGAUUUUUACGACAAGAUUCGACAAGCAUUGAAUAUUGUUUGAAAUUUGUCAGCUGUAAACAAUUUAUCUGUUUUCUUUAGUGAAAUAAUAGAAUAUGAAAGUUUUUGUUUUUCUUUAACUAUA